AUGUUGUUCAGGGAUCCCUUGGAUUAUCCAUGGAUGCUAUUUCGUCACUCGGCAGCAUCACUUGCUCUUGUCUUCCUCGUUAUAUUAACUCAAAAUCAUUCAGCUCAUUUAACCGACCGGCUUCGACCGCUGAAAACUUCACGGAGCAAAUAGGUCACAAAACUUGAAUAUACCUACGGAGAUAUUAAUAAACCCUACGCAAAUACGGCAACGUCUGAAGGCUAACCGCGCCGCCACUGCGAGGACAAGCUGUCGCAUUGCCAUUUUGGUGCUCCGCGUGAACCAAAAUUAGGCACUCCUCGCUAGAUAUACCCUUCACAUGGCUUCAGGACCCGGCCUUGGAGGGCAGCGAGUUAAGCUAGAGCCAAGCCCGAUCCCUAUGAUCAAGGCAGACCCCGAUGCUCGACCUGAACCCGCGGGUGCAGUAUCUGACGAUGAUAUUUACGAAGACACGGGGGAUUUGGAUUUUUCUAAUUCAAUGCAAGAUGUUUGGUUGACUCGUAUACCGAAAAUGCUUUGGGAGAAUUGGUCAAGGCUCGAAGAUGAUGAGGAAGUGCAAAUUGGGACCAUUAGGGUGGAGGGCGGCCCUACGGACAUCAAACGUGUUAGCAUGCGGCUUAAUGAUACACCUCAAAUGAAAGGCGUUCCGAAAGAUUACAACCUGCGACGACAAAAUGUUAACCCUGAUAAAUCGGCCUUUGCGGUGCAGAACACAUUCAUCUUCACCGAAAAAGAACUACCGGGAUAUCGGGAUAGGACCAAUAUACUGUUUAAUGAGGCUCAGCCCCAUGGAAGAUCAUAUCUAUAUGAGCAGACAAAACGCGAUUCUAGAAAACGAACCAAUCGCAAAAAAUGGGAGCCAUACACUCGGAAAACCAUCCCAAAACAAACGGCCAUCGUCGGUAGCGUCCGUGACGAAUUUAACUGCCUUCCUGUAGAAAAUGAAGAGUAUCAGAGGAUGGCUGAAGCUAGGGCACUUGACGUUCUUAAACCCAAACGCGAAACAAUAUAUAUUGGUAAAGUUAGUGGUGAGAUGCUGAAACCUAAGACUGUUGCAGCUGCCGAUAAAUCUACUUUCAUUCAAGUUGCAAAGCCUCCCAAGGCUCGCGCUCAAGAGAACAAAACGGCCCGUAUGCCCCAAAACGAGCUUCUGGAUCUUAUCUAUGGCUGUUUCCGACGACACAAGUACUGGCCGUUUAAAUCUCUCAAAGCAGAACUCAGGCAGCCUGAGGCUUACCUUAAACAAACCUUGGAAAUGGUGGCCCAUCUUGUCAAAAGCGGAGAUUUUGCAAUGACAUGGGAGCUUAAGCCAGAGGCCAGGGAGAGUAACUACGCCGAUGCCUUGGCCUACAAAGAUGCCAAGGAGGAGCUCCCGCCUACAGCAGGUUACAACUUCGAUUCCGAGGGAGAACCUACUGCUUCAGGGGUUGGUACUGAUAUGGACGAGGACGACCCGAACGUUUCGUUUGAGAACGUAGUUUAGACGGGUAGAACGACCACUUAAAUGAAGUGAAUUGAGUAACAGGGUAUGGCGUUUGAGAAUGAUCUGCUGGCAAAAAAGGGGCCACCUUGCUUUAUGUAACUUAGCCUCCAGGAAUACUAAGGAAAAAUUUUUUGGGGGUUAAUGUCUUCAUAAAUAGUUUAUGUUACAUUAAUAUAUCAAGCUACAUUCAAUAAUCCCAUAGAAUUAGCUCUCCAAGCAUUCAGUCGGACGACUCGGCAUCUCCACCCCUUCGAAAUUUGUUAGGCCGUCCCAUUAGGGUUUAAACCCGACAUAUUCGAAGACCCAUAUGCUCUGGGCGCGGCAAGAAUUCCUUCAUUUUUUGCGGGCAUUUGAAAACACCGUGAAGCGGAGCAACACUUACAAAGCGAUGUUUCGCUCCGCCACCGGUUUAUCACUAUGUAAUAAGAGUAGGAACUCCACUCUCUGGGUCAACGGAAAAUGGAGACGGAAAGUGGAUAUUCUAGUUAAAAGAAAUCAGCUUGUAUGGUGAGGCCAUAACUUACUCAGAUCGAGCACAUAUGCGACUCCCACUGUAACUGAAACCACUCAUAGUCCUGAAAGGUAUUGGAGGUUAUGUCUCUCUAGCAAGCAGACAUGCUACAAAGAGCUUCACAAGGGAAAAACCUCACAACACUAAUUGGGUUGAUAGCCCCAUUGUUUGUUUGUGAUCUAUGAUGCCUCAUUCAUCACACAGUCACUUAUUGAUACCCACAUAAUCAUGAACAUGGCUUUAUAGCUUAAUCGAGGGAAGCAAUUCUCACUAAACAGGAGUAUGCACAUUUUCACAUCUUCUUUUGAGCAUCUUCACUUCACUGCUGAGAAGCUGUCAAUGAUAUAAGCAUCUCACUACGGAUUACAUAGCUUACAUUUUAAAGUUAUUGAGCUUGAAUUUGUAGAUUGUCACAAAUUUUAAGCUUGCUUCUGAGCUGAAUGAGAUCAUAUUCCAAAUCUGCUUCAUACAUCAGAAACCAUGUCUCUUUGCUGUCAUACUGCUUCAAGAACAUCAUUUUACAGAAAAAUUCAUGUUGCUGUCAAAUCAAUAAAUCUUUUGCUAUUGAAAAAAUUCAUAUACAGACUAUCCACAGCAUGCCAACCC